AUGUGGUUUUCUGAUGACGGCUCGCUGUCACUCAAGUGUCCCGCUCUGAGCGCAGAUAAAGACACAGCUGAGCAGAAUGUGAGGGCUGGAAAUGGAGCGGAUGUUUGGCUGCUGCUGACAGCCUUACUAUGGAGGCUGGAGCAAAUCAACCAGAGACCAAACAGGGGAGACGCCUCCUCGCCCUGCAGACGCCUCCUCGCCCUGCAGAGGCCUCCUCGCCCUGCAGAGGCCUCCUCGCCCUGCAGACGCCUCCUCGCCCUGCAGAGGCCUUACUGCCAGGCUGCAGCUCUCCAUAUUGGAAGACAGAGUGGGAGACAGAGUGGGAGACACAGUGUGAGGCUGAAACCGGAGCUUUCGGAUGUCCAUCCGUCCAAAGAUGGACAGGAUACCCUGGAGUACAAGAAGAAGCAGAGGCCUCUGAAGAUCCGCAUGUUAGACGGCACGGUGAAGACCGUGAUGGUGGACGACUCCAAAAUCGUCAGCGACAUGCUCAUGACCAUCUGCGCCAGAAUCGGCAUAACCAACUAUGACGAGUACUCGUUGGUCCGAGAUAUCGGGGAGGAGAAGAAAGAAGAAAACACAGGGACGCUGAAGAGAGACAAGACUCUCCUAAGAGACGACAAGAAGAUGGAGAAGUUGAAGCAGAAGCUGCACACAGACGACGAGUUGAACUGGUUGGACCAUGGGAGGACGCUGAGGGAGCAGGGUGUAGAGGAGACGGAGAUGUUGCUGUUGAGGAGGAAGUUCUUCUACUCGGAUCAGAACGUGGACUCCAGAGACCCCGUCCAGCUUAAUCUGCUCUAUGUGCAGGCUCGCGAUGACAUCCUAAACGGAUCACAUCCAGUUUCGUUUGACAAGGCCUGUGAGUUCGCAGGCUAUCAGUGCCAGAUUCAGUUUGGCGACCACAACGAGUCCAAACACAAGCCUGGAUUCCUGGAUUUAAAGGAGUUCCUGCCCAAAGAAUACAUCAAAAAUAAAGGAGAGAGGAAAAUCUUCCAGGCUCAUAAAAACUGUCAGAACAUGACGGAGAUCGAGGCCAAAGUCAGCUACGUCAAGCUUGCCAGGUCUCUGCAAACCUACGGCGUCUCCUUUUUCCUGGUAAAGGUAGGAAGUCCAUCCUUCUGUUCCUCUGAAUCCAUCCACAGACAGACUGUUCUUCAACCACAAUGUGUCACCAUGUUUAUUCACUGGAUGCUUUUAGUGCAGAUCCUCCUCCUUCUAACCCUGUCCCGGUCGUCUCUCAGGACUUCGGGGACUACCAGGACGGCUAUUACUCUGUCCUCCUCUCUCCUUCUCUCUCCUCCUCUCUCCUCCUCUCUCCUCCUCUGUCCUCUCUCCUCCUCCCCCCUCCUCUCUCCUCCUCCUUCUAACCCUGUCCCGGUCGUCUCUCAGGACUUCGGGGACUACCAGGACGGUUAUUACUCAGUCCAGACCACAGAAGGAGAGCAGAUAGCUCAGCUGAUCGCCGGUUACAUCGACAUCAUCCUGAAGAAGAAAAAAAGUAAGGACCACUUUGGGCUGGAGGGAGACGAGGAGUCGACCAUGCUGGAGGACUCCGUCUCUCCUAAGAAGUCCACCGUCCUGCAGCAGCAGUUCAACAAGAUGGGCAAGGUGGAGACCGGCUCGGUUGCCCUGCCAGCCAUCAUGCGCUCUGGAGCCGGAGGUCCAGAGAGUUUCCAGAUGGGUUCCAUGCCCCAAGCCAAGCAGCACAUCACCAGCGGCCAGAUGCACAGGGGACACAUGCCUCCUCUGACGUCGGCACAGCAGGCCCUAACUGGAACCAUCAACUCCAGCAUGCAGGCCGUGCAGGCGGCCCAGGCCUCCCUGGAUGACUUUGAUACCCUGCCUCCGUUAGGAACAGAUCCUGCAUCCCAAGCCUGGCGCAAAAACAAGAUGGACGAGUCCAAGCAUGAGAUCCAUUCCCAGGUGGAUGCCAUCACAGCAGGCACAGCCUCCAUGGUCAACCUCACUGCAGGAGAUCCAGCUGAGACGGACUAUACGGCGGUGGGCUGUGCCGUCACCACCAUCUCCUCCAACCUGACGGAGAUGUCUAAAGGUGUGAAGCUCCUGGCAGCCCUCAUGGAGGAUGAAGGUGGAAACGGGCAGCAGCUGCUGGGUGCAGCCAAGAACCUGGCCGGCGCCGUUUCUGACAUGCUGAAGACGGCGCAGCCGGCUAAUACAGAGCCUCGUCAGAACCUGCUGCAGGCUGCAGGAAACGUUGGUCAGGCCAGUGGAGAGCUGCUGUCCCACAUCGGAGAGACGGACACGGAUCCACAGUUCCAGGACAUGUUGAUGCAGCUGGCCAAAGCCGUGGCGAACGCCGCAGCGGCACUGGUGCUCAAAGCCAAGAACGUGGCCCAGAAGACGGAGGACUCGGCCCAGCAGAACCGCGUCAUCGCAGCGGCCACGCAGUGCGCCCUGUCCACGUCCCAGCUGGUGGCCUGCACCAGGGUGGUGGCUCCAACCAUCAGCUCCCCGGUCUGCCAGGAGCAGCUGAUCGAGGCUGGGAAGCUGGUGGCCAAGUCGGUGGAAGGCUGCGUGGAGGCGUCACAGAUGGCCACCAAUGAGGAGGGUCUGCUGAAGCAGGUGGGCCAGGCGGCCACGGGCGUCACCCAGGCGCUCAACGAGCUGCUGCAGCACAUCAAGCAGUACGCCAGCGGCGGCCAGCCCAUCGGGCGCCACGGAGAGGCCACCGACUGCAUUCUGGACGUCACUGAGAAGAUCUUCAACGCCAUGGGGAACGCAGGGGAGAUGGUGCGCCAGGCUCGUAUCCUCGCCCAGGCCACGUCUGAUCUGGUCAAUGCCAUCAAGAUGGACGCAGAGGGAGAGUCUGACCUGGAGAAUUCCCGCAAGCUUCUCUCCGCGGCCAAACUCCUGGCUGACGCCACCGCUAAGAUGGUGGAGGCCGCUAAGGGUGCGGCCGCCAACCCCGACAGCGAGGAGCAACAGCAGAAACUGCGAGAAGCUGCAGAAGGUCUGCGCAUGGCCACCAACGCCGCGGCACAGAAUGCCAUAAAGAAGCGGCUCAUCAACAACCUGGAGAAUGCAGCCAAGCAGGCGGCAGCGGCCGCCACUCAGACCAUCGCUGCCGCCCAGCACGCCGCCUCCAGCAACAAGAACCAGGCUGCACAGCAGCAGCUGGUGCAGAGCUGCAAGGUGGUGGCAGAGCAGAUCCCUCAGCUGGUCCAAGGAGUCCGAGGCAGCCAGUCUCAGCCGGACAGCCCCAGCGCUCAGCUCGCCCUCAUCGGCGCCAGCCAGAACUUCCUGCAGCCGGGGGCUAAGAUGGUCACAGCGUGCAAAGCCACAGUUCCCACCAUCAACGACCAGGCGUCCGCCAUGCAGCUCAGCCAGUGCGCCAAGAACCUGGCCAGCGCCCUGGCAGAGCUCCGCACCGCCUCGCAGAAGGCGCAGGACGCGUGUGGUCAGCUGGAGAUCGACAACGCUCUGAACAUGGUCAGAGGCCUGGAGAAGGACAUCCAGGAGGCCAAGGCUUCUGCUCAAGCAGGCAAACUCAAGCCGCUGCCAGGAGAGACGCUGGAUAAAUGUUCGCAAGAACUGGGCACCAGCACCAAGGCCGUCACCUCCGGGAUCGCCCAGCUGCUGAGCGAGGCCACCCAGGGAGAUGAGAACUACAUAGGCAUGUCGGCCAGAGAUAUAGCCCAGACCCUGAAGACCCUGGCCUCAGCGGCCAGAGGAGUCGCCGCCUCCACAGAGGACCCUGCAACACGCAGCGCUGUGCUGGACUGCGCUAGUGAUGUCAUGGACAAAUCGGCCAAUCUGAUGGAAGAAACCAAGAGGGCGAUUGCUAACCCGGGAGACCCGGAGAGUCAGCAGAGGCUGGCGCAGGUGGCCAAGGCCGUGUCCCAGGCUCUGAACAGAUGUGUGAACUCCCUACCCGGCCAGAGGGACGUGGACAACGCCAUCCGCUCCGUGGGCGAAGCCAGCAGAUCCCUACUGGCCAAUUCUUUCCCGUCCAGCGGACGAAGUUUCCAGGAAAUCCAGUCUCAGCUGAACGAGGUGGCGGCUGGCCUGAACCAGUCGGCCAACGAGGUGGUGCAGGCAUCCAGAGGGACCACCCAGGACCUGGCCAGGGCCACCAGCAAGUUUGGACAAGACUUCAGCAACUUCCUGGAGGCCGGCGUUGAUAUGGCAGGAACCUCUCAGUCCAAAGAGGACCAGACCCAGGUGGUGUCCAACCUGAAGACCAUUUCCAUGUCAUCAAGCAAACUGCUGCUGGCAGCCAAGGCCCUGUCCACUGACCCCAGCUCCCCCAACCUGAAGAACCAGCUGGCAGCAGCAGCUCGGGCGGUCACAGACAGCAUCAACCAGCUCAUCACCAUGUGCACCCAGCAGGCCCCGGGUCAGAAGGAGUGUGACAAUGCUCUCAGGGAGCUGGAGUCAGUCAAAGGGAUGCUGGCCAAUCCAACCGAGGCGGUUAAUGAGCAGUCCUUCUUCGAGUGCAUCGACAGCGUCAUGGAGAACUCCAAGGUUCUGGGCGAGUCCAUGGCAGGUAUUUCUCACAAUGCCAAGAACUCCAACCUUCCAGAGUUCGGGGAUUCUGUCAGCGCCGGAUCCAAAGCGCUGUGCGGUCUGACUGAAGCUGCUGCUCAGGCGGCGUACCUGGUGGGAGUAUCGGACCCUACCAGCGUAGCGGGUCAGAAAGGUCUGGUGGAUCCCACUCAGUUUGCCCGGGCUAACCAGGCUAUCCAGAUGGCCUGUCAGAACCUGGUGGAUCCGGCCUGCACUCAGUCUCAGGUGCUGUCUGCAGCGACCAUCGUAGCCAAACACACCUCGGCGCUUUGCAACGCCUGCCGCCUGGCCUCCUCCAAGACCGCCAACCCCGUCGCCAAGAGGCAGUUUGUCCAGUCAGCCAAGGAGGUGGCCAACACCACCGCCAACCUGGUCAAGUCCAUCAAGGCCUUAGAUGGAGCCUUUAACCAGGAGAACCGGGAGAAGUGCAGGGCUGCUACUGGACCUCUGAUAGAAGCUGUGGACAACCUGACCGCCUUCGCCUCAAACCCAGAGUUCGCCAGCAUCCCGGCCCAGAUCAGCCCCGAGGGCCACGCAGCCAUGGAGCCCAUUUUAACCGCUGCCCAGAUGAUGCUGGAGAGUUCCACAGGCCUGAUCCAGACCGCCCGCUCCCUGGCAGUCAACCCUAAAGACCCCCCCAAGUGGUCUGUGUUGGCGGGCCACUCCAGAACCGUGUCCGACUCCAUUAAGAAGCUGAUCACCAACAUGAGAGAAAAGGCUCCUGGUCAGAGAGAAUGUGACGAUGCCAUAGAGGUUCUGAACGGCUGCAUCCGUGAAGUGGACCAGGCGUCUCUGGCUGCCAUCAGCCAGCAGCUGACCCCCCGGGAUGACAUCUCCAUGGAGACUCUCCAUGAGCAGAUGGCCGUCUCUGUCCAUGAGAUCAGUAACCUGAUUGACCCUGUUGCCGUGGCAGCUCGAUCCGAGGCCUCCCAGCUUGGACACAAGGUCUCUCAGAUGGCCACCUACUUUGAGCCCCUGAUCAUGGCUGCCAUCGGCACAGCCUCCAAGAUCCUGAGCAGCCAGCAGCAGAUGGCCGUCCUGGACCAGACCAAGACUCUGGCAGAGUCGGCUCUGCAGAUGCUCUACACGGCAAAGGAGGCUGGAGGAAACCCCAAGGCGGCUCACAUGCAGGGCGCUCUGGAGGAUUCGGUCCAGAUGAUGAAGGAAGCUGUAGACGACCUGGGCGCCACGCUGGCUGAGGCCGCCGGCGCUGCUGGCGCCGUGGGCGGCAUGGUCGAUUCCAUCAACGACGCCAUCAAUAAGAUGGAAGACGGGCCGGCAGACGAGCCGGAGGGCACCUUCGUGGAUUAUCAGACCACCAUGGUGAAGACAGCCAAGGCCAUCGCCGUUACAGUUCAGGAGAUGGUGACCAAGUCCAACACCAACCCAGAUGACCUCGGGGGGCUGGCCAACCAGCUGACCAAUAACUUUGGGAAUCUGGCAGAUGAGGCCAAAUAUGCGGCCCUCACUGCAGAGAACGACGAGAUCGGUUCUCACAUCAAGAAGCAGGUGGGCGAGCUGGGCUUCACCUGCACCGGGCUGGUGACCAAGGCCGGCGCCCUGCAGUGCAGCCCCAGCGACUCCUUCAUCAAGAAAGAGCUGAUUGAAAGCGCCCGCAAAGUUUCAGAGAAGGUGUCUCAUGUGCUGGCGUCCCUUCAAGCUGGUAACCGUGGCACCCAGGCGUGCAUAACGGCUGCCAGCGCCGUCUCUGGGAUCAUCGCCGACCUGGACACCACCAUCAUGUUUGCUACGGCGGGUACUCUGAACCGAGAGAACGCCGAGACGUUUGCUGACCACAGAGAGUGCAUCCUGAAGACGGCCAAGGCGCUGGUGGAGGACACCAAGCUGCUGGUCUCUGGCGCUGGAGCCAGUCAGGAGAAACUGGCUCAGGCUGCCCAGUCAUCAGUUUCCACCAUAACCAAACUGGCUGAUGUGGUCAAACUGGGAGCAGCCAGUCUAGGUUCAGAAGACCCUGAGACUCAGGUGGUCUUGAUCAAUGCAGUGAAGGACGUGGCCAAAGCUCUGGGUAACCUGAUUAGCGCCACCAAGGCGGCGGCCGGUAAACCUCACGACGACCCCAGCAUGCUGCAGCUGAAGAGCUCUGCUAAGGUGAUGGUGACCAACGUGACGUCCCUGCUGAAGACGGUGAAGGCGGUGGAGGACGAGGCCACCAAGGGAACCAGAGCUCUAGAGGCGACGAUCGAACACAUCAAGCAGGAGCUGACUGUGUUCUGCAGCUCCGAUCCGCCACCGAAGACCACCACGCCGGAGGAGUUCAUCCGUAUGACAAAGGGGAUCACCGUGGCAACAGCUAAGGCCGUGGCUGCUGGGAACUCCUGUCGCCAGGAGGACAUCAUCGCCACCGCUAACCUCAGCAGAAGAGCUAUUGCUGACAUGUUGCACUCCUGCAAGGAAGCUGCCUACCACCCAGAGGUCAGCAAGGACGUCCAGAUGCGCGCUCUACGCUACGGCAACGAGUGUGCCUCUGGCUAUCUGGGACUGCUGGAACACGUCCUGCUGAUUAUCCAGAAGCCCACUCAUGACCUGAAGCAGCAGCUCGCCAACUUCUCCAAGCGGGUGGCUGGCAGCGUGACGGAGCUGAUCCAGGCAGCCGAGGCCAUGAAGGGCACGGAGUGGGUGGACCCCGAGGACCCCACUGUCAUCGCAGAGAACGAGCUGCUGGGAGCCGCGGCCGCCAUCGAAGCAGCUGCCAAGAAACUGGAGCAGCUGAGGCCGAGGACCAAACCCAAGGAGGCGGAUGAGAGUCUGAACUUUGAGGAGCAGAUUCUGGAGGCGGCCAAGUCCAUCGCAGCUGCUACCAGUGCUCUGGUGAAAGCAGCUUCAGCAGCUCAGAGGGAGCUGGUUGCUCAAGGGAAGGUGGGAGCAAUCCCAGCCAAUGCCGUGGAUGAUGGACAGUGGUCUCAGGGCCUGAUUUCAGCUGCCCGGAUGGUGGCGGCGGCCACCAACAACCUGUGCGAAGCGGCCAACUCGGCGGUGCAGGGACACGCCAGCGAGGAGAAGCUCAUCUCUUCGGCCAAGCAGGUGGCGGCCUCCACCGCUCAGCUGCUGGUGGCCUGUAAGGUCAAGGCGGACCAGGACUCUCAGACCAUGAAGAGGCUGCAGGUCAGCAUGGCGCCUUCAGCCCGGCGGGCCGACCCGGUCAGCGCUGCAGAGCAAUACUCCUCAGAACGCAGCAAACAUUCUGAUCUAGAUGUGUAUGAGAUGUUCUGCUGUGGGAUGUUACAGAUCAUCGCCGCUCAGGAGGAGAUGCUGCGGAAGGAGAAGGAGCUGGAGGAGGCCCGCAACAGGCUGGCCAUGAUCCGGAAGCAGCAGUACAAGUUCCUCCCAUCGGAGCUGAGGGAGGACGGCCAGGAGCAGUGAGAGCGCGGCGGCCUCCCAUAGCCCCCAGGAUGGAACAUCAUGUUUGCUUCCAUGCAUCUAUGCAAAGUUUUUAAUCAGAUUUUUAUAUGUUUUGAUAUUUUAUAUAAAUAUAUUUCUGCCUCUUCUGUCUGAACGCGUCCAAAGAGUCCCGCUGACAGAACUUCCUGCUAGUUUCUCCUUUUCAGUAUUUUUUUUACUGUA